GCUAAAUCAGACAGGGAUUGUAUCAGGGAUAAGACUGCCUGCAAAGCACUCAUCCUGAGGAGGCUCACUGAUCUCUCGCUGUUUCUGUGCCGGGAAAUUUCCACAUAAUGUAGAAUGAAACAGCUCUGUUUUCCAUGUCACUGCUGUGCGGGAGCUAAUGCUGAGUUACGCCGCGGUGGGAUUCCAGCUGUAUGAUUAAUGAGAAACAUAAUGUAUUUUGGUGGCACGUGCCAGAGUCCUGCUCUCCCAGCCCUGGUGCGUCCACCAGCCCCACCUUUGCAGCCAUCGCUGGAUAUUAAACCGUUUCUUCCUUUUCCUCUGGAUACUGCUGCAGCAGUCAAUCUCUUCCCUAACUUCAAUGCGGGCUUCUUCAGAGCUAUUGGGGCCCCUCACCAAAACAUAAUGGACCCGAUUCAGAAAGCUGUAAUAAAUCAUACAUUUGGGGUUCCUCUUCCUCAUCGAAGAAAGCAAAUCAUAUCAUGCAACAUUUGCCAGUUGAGAUUUAAUUCUGAUAGCCAGGCUGCGGCCCACUACAAAGGCACUAAACAUGCCAAGAAGCUCAAAGCACUGGAAGCCAUGAAAAAUAAGCAGAAAUCUGUUACUGCCAAGGACAGCGCAAAGACUACCUUCACUUCCAUCACUACCAAUACCAUCAAUACCAGCUCUGACAAAACAGACAGUACUCCAGGGACACCAGCAAUAUCGACAACGACAACCGUGGAAAUUCGGAAAAGCAGUGUUAUGACAACUGAGAUCACCUCCAAAGUGGAAAAAAAGCCCACAACAGCCACUGGCAACAGCGCAUGUCCUUCCGUGGAGACUGAAGAAGAAAAGGCAAAAAGACUCCUUUACUGUUCGCUAUGCAAGGUUGCUGUCAACUCCGCCUCACAGCUGGAGGCGCACAACAGUGGGACUAAGCACAAAACUAUGCUCGAAGCACGAAAUGGAAGCGGAACUAUUAAAGCGUUUCCUCGGGCAGGAGUCAAAGGCAAAGGACCCAUUAAUAAGGGAAGUACAGGCUUACAAAACAAAACGUUUCACUGUGAAAUCUGCGAUGUGCACGUGAACUCCGAGACACAACUUAAACAGCACAUUAGCAGUAGAAGGCACAAAGACAGAGCUGCUGGGAAGCCCCCCAAACCUAAGUACAGCCCCUACAACAAACUGCAAAAGGCAGCACAUCCUCUCGGGGUGAAAUUAGUAUUUUCAAAGGAACCGUCAAAGCCAUUGGCUCCACGAAUUCUCCCAAAUCCCUUGGCAGCGGCAGCUGCCGCCGCCGCCGUGGCCGUGAAUUCCCCCUUCAGUCUCCGAACGGCCCCUGCAGCCACCCUCUUCCAGACGUCAGCGCUUCCUCCGGCGCUCCUCCGACCAGCGCCUGGGCCCAUUCGGACCACGCAUACUCCUGUGCUGUUCGCUCCUUAUUGAACUCCAGACCAGAGUCCUUGUACUGCAAUAAUUUUUCCAAAAAAAUGAAACAAAACAAAAAAAAAAACAAACUAUGCAGUGUUUAUUUAUAGUUUAAAGUAUAUAUAGAUAUAUGAAGAGCCAGGACUUUUGAUAGUGAAUUGAAAAGAUUCUAAAAGGGGGGGGGAGGGGCAGUAUUUUCUCCAAAUAAGACCAUUCCUCUUGAAUAUUGACUGUUUUAGAAGUGACUCCAGCAUUGAUUCGUAGUGACCCAUAGAACUUAUGAAGCCUUUGUGACCGUGCUUUUUGGCACAUGUUUCCCCUGCAAUGUCUUUCCUGCUUCACGAAACAACUCUACAUUUCUCUAAGGGCAUUAACUGGUUCCAAUGUAUGUAUAUACACAAUACUUUAUUCUGUAGAUUAAACGUUGGAAGAAAAAGAGGAAAAGAAAAAGAAACACUGUGAAUAGUAGUACCCACACCGAUCCUUUUGCCACGUCAGCCGUUAACUGGGUAUUUAUCUGAACAAAAGUAGAUGCAGUAGAUGUCUUGUAAAACAAUAGUGCUGUAUCUCUAUCUAUGCCACUAGGUUCUUAAGUGAAUUGCAAAGAGUAGAAUGAACAACUCUGUCACUUUGGUAAGUAGCCAAAAGAAUAAAUGCAAACGAUAAUAUUGUGAAGGUCUUCCUAGACAAUAAUCAGUUUCUCCUCCCCCUUUCCUCCCACCCCUUGUAGGACCAUUGAUAUUCUCAGAUGUACUGAAGAGUUUUGAUUAAGAAAAAUUCAGCAAAAAAGACCAUUUAUUACAAUUUCUGUAGUUCCACCACAGGCCACGUAGCAGUGAAAUUUUAAAUUUGUGUGUACUAUGUAAAUCUUGUAUCUAAGAGUAUUGUGUCCUAUGUCCAUAUAGAAAAUGUUGGGAUGGAGGGCAGUGUAGCUAUUCAGUUUUCAUGAGCUAGGGAUGACCAUAAAAUAACUCAUAAACAUGUGUGUGACAUGCAUGGCCAAACCUAACAAAUGAAAACAGAAUGCGUAUUUACAUCUCUGCAGUAUAUUCUCUUUAUAUCAUACCAGUGGGUUGCCUCAAUGGGCAAAUGCUUUUGUUUUGAGCCUAAAGAUGAAAUCAGCAUUGCCUAUUUUUAAAAAAAAAUUCCUACUGGCGUGAUAUAAAUGUUUAACUAUAUAUAGGUAAAUGUAAGAACAGCCAAAAAGUAUAAGUUAACAGCACAUCACAGGGAUGGAGAAAAAAUUACCUAAAAGUUCCUAUUGCACCCUAAAUUCUGACCUAUCAGCAUUCUGACAGCUAUAAGCCUUAUAUAUUCACCAUAAGGCGUACAUGGGUGAACAGUGUCCUUUGAAAACAAGAUUUAUCAGGGGUAUAUAUAAGAAUAGAUAUAUAUUGUAUAUAUGUUAGAAAGACAAAAUGAUAAACAGAAAAUCUAUUAUAUAAAAUAAUGAUCUAACCUUCCAACUUCACACUUGACCAUUAAGUGGUAUGGAACAGACAGUGGAAAAACAGAUUUGCUUUCAGUUUAUGAGAAUGGCUGCCUGCUUCUUGCAAUCCAAAAUUUAAAAGUAACUAUGAAGAUGGUGGGAGAGGCAAAACAAGUUGGGAAACAAAAGUCAAGUCUUAGGGGCAGGCAAAAUUGAGAUCUGUUCUCCACGUGGGGAAGGCAGUUGCUGUGCAUUUGUUUGUAUGGAAGGGGUUAGCCCUUCCCCACCCUAUCUGCCCCCCAGAUUCUGCAACAAAGCCCAGCUGCUCCAGACUUUUUGACCAUCUUGCAGCUGGCACGACCCCCCCAUCCCCACCCCGCCCGCCGAGUGAGGUCCAGGUUCUCUGGCCCGCGCCAUAGCAGUGGCAGAGCCAGGCUGCCCCUCAGUAGGUGUGCAUCCACGGCACAGGGCAGUGCAUAAGCACAGAGGGGUCCCAAACUCUUGCAAUCAUCAAUCGUAUUUAUUGAGCGCUUACUAUGUGCAGAGCACUGUACUAAGCGCUUAUGGUGGAGCGGGGGGAGGCUGGGGAACCUCCUUCUCCCACCUCCCUGGAUCCUCCCAUCUUCCACUCUGUAAAACAAAACCCAAAGCGGUGGGUGGAUACACUGCACCCUUUAUCCCUUUUCCAGUGGAUCAUAGGACUAUUUUAUAUAGGCUUUGUUUAGGCUCUUGAAGGUGUAAAAGGAGGAAGGCUCAAUAUUUGCUCCCAGAACCUACUAUUUAUUAGUAGUUCAAGUGAUAUGAGGGGAAAGUGCAACAGACUUUGGACUUACCAGUGACAAAAGACUCUUGUUUCAUAUAUGUGCAUCCCAACCAUGUCCUGGGUGGACAAAAUUAAACAUCAGACCCACAGGCUAACUACACUCCGGUGCUCACAUUCUUUAAAAACCAUUCUGCUCACCUUGUUUUUCAUACAAAGAGAAAGGAAAACACGUUCCACGGAUCUCCUUGUCCAAAGAAUUCCAAAUUAGUGCUGACACCAGCAUUAUUUUGUUCCUUUUUAUAAUUACUCUCUAUCCGGCAACCUCAGAAAACCGUUGUAUCAUCAUUUACAGGCACCAUCAUAUCCCUUUCUUUAUAGCCUUAGGAGAAGCCCUUUUUGAGAUUUUUUUUUUUUAGAGAUGAGGAUCUGCUAACUACCUAAUUGGCAGGGUGCAGAGUAGGUACUUGGAAUUUUAAAGUCAUUUUCUUCCUAUUAACUAAGGCGCUUUGGUCUGUGCCUAUGACCUAGUUUUCUACCAUACGCCUAUAAUUCCUUUUUGCUUUGGGGAUUGUGCCUAAGCCAUGGCCGCUGUACUGAGCAUUCUGCCACUCUCCCACAGUCCCUCUUAAGUUGGCAAUCAUGUCCUUGAAAAAGUGAGCCUGGGGCCUGCAUGGAGCCAUAGCACACAGGGGAGGUCUGUUAACUAAUGACUUGCUGCAAGCACCUAGUGUCGUCCCUACACUCUCCAUCAGCCUCGCCGAGAAACUACCAGCAGUUUCGGGAUCUCUUUGCCUCAGUGCUCUAUGGAACAAUUUUCAUGGAAAUGGACUCACUUAAAUUUGCGCUGUAAACAUCAGUUGUCUCUUACUCACUACCUAAUAAAGGAUGAAGCCUAAUCAUUAGAAUUGACAGUGGACUUUCUGUGAAUUGCUUUUCCCUACCCACCCGUUUGUCAAACUUAUCAGCAUCCAUUAAGCUCCAAACUCCCUUGAUAAAAAACUGUUCUCUUUCUCUUGUGGAUUUUUCAUUAAUAAAAAUGAGUA